AUAAGAUCAUGGCGUACUAUUUCACUUCUUUUAGUAGGAAACUGAAUCAUCUCUGUAUCUUAUUGUCACGCAAAGCCUUCGGUCUCCUCAAAUCCUUGAUGGGUUUGGUUCAAACUUGUUUCAAGCCAUUCUGGAUUCAAAUUUCUUAUUUCAUAAUCGUGUCUGUUGUUGGGUAUUUGUCUCUGAAGCUCUCAUCAAACCCAAAAUCAAGCAACUCAAUUACUCCCAAAGACUUUGAUCUCUUCUUUACAUCUGUGUCUGCCACUACUGUUUCAAGCAUGUCCACCAUUGAAAUGGAGAUCUUUUCAAAUACCCAACUCAUCAUCAUCACCGUCUUAAUGUUUCUUGGUGGGGAGGUCUUCACUUCCUUUCUUGGCCUCCAAUUCCACAGAUUGAAGCUCCCUAAACGGAAAUCCUCCAACUCUGUUGAUCAAAUUGAGAUGGGUUUGGUCAAUUCUGAAAAACCCAGUUCCAAUUUUGAUCCCCAAAGCUUGAAUAAUGAUGUCUUGAUCAAGUAUAGCGCAUUGAGGUGUUUAGGGUAUGCUGUUUUGGGUUACCUUUUAGUGGUUCAAAUUGCUGGAUCUUGUUUAGUUCUUUUGUAUGUUAGUGUCAAAGACAGUGCCAGAGAACUACUUAAAAACAGAGGAAUUCAUGCACUAACGUUUUCAGUGUUCACAGUAAUAUCUACUUUUAGCAACUGUGGGUUUGUCCCAACCAAUGAAAACAUGAUGGUUUUCAACAGAAAUUCAGGUCUCCUACUUCUUCUAAUCCCACAAAUUCUUCUAGGAAACACAUUAUACCCUCCCUUCCUAAGAUUUCUGAUAUGGGUUUUGGACAAAAUUACAAAGAGAACAGAGUAUAGUUACAUAUUAAAGAACACUAGAGAGAUGGGUUAUUCCCAUUUGUUUUCAACUCUCCAUUGUUCAUUUCUGCUAGUUACAGCAUUUGGGUUUGUAUUGGUACAAUUUGUAGUGUUUUGCAUCUUGGAGUGGCAGUCAGAAUCCAUGGGUGGCCUAAAUGGGUAUCAGAAGUUUGUGGCUGCUCUGUUUCAGGUUGUCAAUUCAAGGCAUGCUGGGGAAUCUGUGGUUGAUCUCUCAAGCAUUUCUCCAGCAAUCUUGGUGCUCUUUGUGGUCAUGAUGUACCUCCCUCCAUAUACUUUGUUUUUGCCAACCAAACGACAGGCGGAUGUGAAGAAGAGUCAGAGAACUAGUGGAUUUGUGGAGAAUGUUCUGUUCUCACAACUCUCCUAUUUGGUCAUCUUUGUUAUUCUCAUUUGUAUCACAGAAAGAGACAAGAUGAAGAAUGAUCCCCUCAACUUUAAUGUCUUGAACAUCACCCUUGAAGUUAUAAGUGCAUAUGGAAAUGUUGGGUUCUCGACUUGCUAUAGCUGUAAACGACAGCUUAAACCUGAGGGUACCUGCAAAGAUGCAUGGUAUGGAUUUGUUGGAUGGUGGAGUUACAAGGGAAAAUUAAUCCUCAUAUGUGUUAUGUUUUUUGGAAGGCUCAAGAACUUUAACAUCAAUGGUGGUCAAGCAUGGGUGCUUAUGUAAAUAGUGUUAUAUUUUCUAUAUAUAAAUAGUUGUAAUAUAUGUUUUGGAUAGCCAUCUUUUCUUUUCUUUUCUUUUCUUUUUUUUCCCCUUUUAGCUUCUUUUUUGAGAGAGGUUGGGGUAAGUCUGCUCAUGUAAUAGUAUUGUAUUUUUCUUUAUA